AUGCUGCCGGAAGGCGAGAGUGAACCGUUCCUGAAAGAGACGGAACUACGCUCUCCUGGUCGGAAACACAACAUUCUGCAUUCCCGUUUCCUUGGCCAUAAAGAUGUUUUGAAGCGCUGGUCCGCCGCUUUUUGGCAUCCUUUUGUCACCCACUUCGUGAUUUUCCUCCUCACAUCACUGGUGUGGGGAGGGCUAUUUCUCGCCACACGCGCCUCUCUCUUCAUUCAAUGUAAUCAUCAACAUAGCCACGACCGUCCGGAGCAUACCGAGACCACCAGACAGCACGACAACAUAACCACCAAAUCCCGGCUGUUGACGUGCGGUGAUUCAACCGCCGAGGCGAAGAGCCUAAAUUGUCAUUACGACAUCCUGGCUAACCACUGGAUCCCAGAGGUUUGCAUAGACCAAAACGCGAUUAAUGAAUACAAGACGGACGGAUCGUGGUUUGGGUUCGCGGACGAAAAUCGGACAGAGCUUCUCACCAUCGACACCAUGUCUGAGAUGGAGUUCUAUUACACAUCUGAGCGGGACCAUAUUGUGCAUUGCGCCAUGUUGUGGCGCAAGCAGUUCUGGGCCUUCUACGAGGAGCGGGCGGCUUUGGACACCAUCAUUACGAGCGUUGAGCAUACGAUGCACUGUUCCCAGUUUCUGAUAGACAUGUCGGACAAAGGCCCCGACUACAGGAACAUGCCGAUCAAGACGUGGGUGGGUCAUGCUGGGUGCUGGGUCAGAGAUUAG